CAGUGACGCCGAAUAUUGACGUAUUUCCGGCCAGCUCAGCGUACGGAGGAGUGUUGUGAAGCUGUAAUCCAGACACAGCCUUUUUCACAGCUGUUAACCGCUCCAUAUACACCUGCUGUGUGUAAAUCUGACAUUACAGCAAAAUGGUGCUGCUGACAAUGAUCGCGCGGCUGGCGGAUGGACUGCCGCUGGCGGCUUCAAUGCAGGAGGACGAGCAGAUGGGUCGAGACCUCCAGCAAUAUCAGAGCCAAGCCAAACAGCUCUUCCGCAAACUAAAUGAACAGAGUCCCAACCGAUGCACCUUAGAGGCUGGAGCAAUGGCCUUUCACUAUGUCAUAGAGAAAGGCGUUUGCUACCUGGUUCUCUGUGAGGCCGCGUUUCCUAAAAAGCUAGCCUUCGGUUAUCUGGAAGAUCUGCAGGCAGAGUUUCACGAACAACAUGGCAAGAAGGUGCCCACGGUCUCUAGGCCCUACUCUUUUAUAGAGUUUGAUACAUAUAUCCAGAAGACCAAAAAGUCAUAUAUCGACAGCAGAGCACGCAGGAACCUGAGCAACAUCAACACAGAGCUACAGGAUGUACAGAGAAUCAUGGUGGCCAACAUAGAAGAAGUUCUGCAGCGGGGAGAGGCUUUAUCUGCAUUGGACUCGAAAGCCAGCAACUUGUCCAGCCUUUCCAAGAAAUACAGAAGUGACGCUAAGUACCUGAACACUCGCUCCACGUACGCUAAGCUAGCUGCGGGUGGAGUCUUCUUCAUCAUGCUGAUCGUAUACAUACGCUUCUGGUGGCUGUGAGGUGUGACGGAUAUGCGGAGGGAAGAGGGGCUCUUGAGAAGGUUACAGGUGAAAAGCAGACGGACUCUCAAAUGACGACAAGCUCACGUUGUGUUUCAAAAGCCACAGCCUGUUCUUAAAGACUGUCGGGUCCGGCACUUUCCCUCCUAACAGGCCGUUGAGUCCCUAGCCUGAUCCUCACUGGUAUCUGUUUUAUGAACUACACAGAAGUUAGUCUGCGCUUGCUUGGAGUAUAUGAAUGAAAGCGAGAGAAUGAAAGUGUGUUUUCCUGUUUGUCUUUGUGAAAUCCCUCCAUUCAUGGAAAUUAUUCUUAUAUACUGUAUAACAGUACCAUAGAGCAGCAGUGCAUCCCAAACCAAUGAAUUAAUGAUUCAUUAACAAGAUGUGAAUUCAAUUGUGAAGUUUUAGCACAUUGUGGAUUGGAAAGAGGAUAGAAUCAGUUCCACUGAACACUUAAUGCUUCUCACAUUAGAUAAAGUUUCCUUCCAGCCAGGGGAGUAAAUGUAAGACGAGUUUGGGGGGUGACUGCAUUAUUAAAGCUUUAGUCCCCUAAUUAUCAGCACAAAAUGUAUAAUUGUACUGACCGCCCAUUUAGUCUCCUAUAUAUAUAAACCAGAUAUUCAUAUCUCUGAAAGCCUCAUGAAAUGGAGUGGUUUAUUAAGUCUUAGUUUGAACUUGCUUCAAAUGUACAUUGUUUACGACCCAACAGCAAUUUUGGAACUUUCGAUUGUUUUCUUGGUACAAAAGUUGCCCAACAAACAGCGCUUGCCACUGCAGUGAGGACAUUGCGGUCAUGUCCAGUUACUCAAUACAGACCAGAUCAUUGAAACUAGUGUCAGGGGUGAGCGGUGGCCUGCCACUUUUUUCGAUUUGGGUCAGAUGUAAUCCAGUGCGGUUUAGAACUACAUACAGUAUAUCUGGAUCUGAGGUCCUGACUAUUGCAUGGUUGACAAUAUCUGAUCUGGGUUACUUACUACAGAUUUUUCUUUCAGAGUUUACACAAGUCUGUAUUUUACGUGCAUUGAAGAAUUAAACACACAGUAACCAACCAGGCGUCCAUGUACCAACCAGAUGAGGCUAAAAUGCUCAUCAGAAGAGCAUUUGUUCAACUCGCUAAACCUACAGUAUAAAUAAAAUGAUUCAAACUCA